AAGCACCACUGCUGAAAGGUUGCCAACCCCUCGUGUAUAAUCUGACCCGAUCCUGCCAGCCGCCUUUUUUGAAUAGCAGAAAGGAACGGCCUAAUGGGCCAUUUGGUAAAAAUGCAUCAGCUGGAAUCUGUGCGUGGGCUGAUUUCAAGGCAGUAACAGAGCACUUCGUUGUUAAAAAAAUGCCAUAAUUGUUUUUCUUCUGCGUUGCAACGUGCUGUGCCCGUUUAAAAUGUUGUGUGUAAAUUAAUUCUGUUUCGUGUGCGACUACAAAACUGUAUGUGUACAAAAUUAAGUGUCAUGGCCAUCGCUGAGCCAAAUAUGCAAAAAAAACCCAACCCCAAAAAAACCCGAAACCAAACACAAGGGCGCCAGGAGACUGCCACACGCCCCUAGCAGGAGAGCUGUGAUAGAGUGAGAAGGAGAAUGUAAGAAAACCAGCCCUCGUCAAACAACGAUUGAUUACAGCACCAGGGUGCGAAGCGGAUUGGUCCCAAGGAAGGAAGAUCACUACACAUACAGGGGGGCUUUGUCGUGAAACGUUGGGCUCGUCCUGGCCAAGACUUCCCCGGAGCAUCGUGUUGCGACCGAUGGAACCCGGCACCUCCCUACCCGCGAUCAACCUCGCCGGCCGCUCGAUUGAUCCGGACCCUGGACUGGUGGAGCUGCCCCAGCUCGCCGGGGACGACACGGCGCUGAACGGCAUCCGGCUGCGCUGCUCCGAUGGAAGCACCAUCCAGUCCAACGUGGGGCCGUGGGGCUUGUGGGGCCUAGAGAAGAAAUGCCCCUCGGGGCAGCGGCUGACCCAGUUCCGGCUGCGGGUGGAGCCCUGCCAGGGCCUCAAGGACGACACGGCCGCCAACAACAUUGAGUUCGUCUGCACGGGCGGGGCGGAGCUGAAGGGGGACGGGCGGUGCUGGGGCAAGUGGGGCCCCCAGAGCCGCUCCUGCGGCCCACGGGGCAUCUGCACCAUCGCCACCAAGGUGGAGGCCCCCCAGGGCAAAGGGGACGACACGGCCCUGAACGACGUCUACUUCAGAUGCUGUGGGCCCGAAACCCUGCCCUCCACCACAACCCAGCGCCCCACCACAACUUCGUCUGGUGGGUAUGGUGGUGGGCCCUGA